AAAAGAAAGAAGGUGAUCUAGAUUUAUCUUAGAAUUUGAUUUUCUGAUAGAUGAUAGCGCCUUAAUAUCUAUUUAUUUUUUUCUUCAAGCCACGCGGGACGGUAACCCAACUUGCAUAUCGAAACUCCUAAAAUAUCUCUGAUCUCUUACCUAUCAAAGUAGGCCGUGCCCAGGCCAUUCUACCAAGUUUAGAAGAAAACGAGUACGAAUCCGCGAAUCUGAUGCUCGGCGUUUAAAUCCGCCCCGGCCCCCUUAGAUAACUUACCGGGCGAAUUACAAGCUCGCUUCAGGUCUUAGCUGGUACAAGUCGAUUGGUCAUCUCGCCUUAGCUCAUAAAGAGAGAGAGACAAGGGCAUCGAUCGUUCACACGGUACAGCCACCAGGAACUCGGGCUUGCUCGUGGAGACUUUUAAAUCCGCGGAUUCCUGGUACUAGACUAAAGUACCUACCCAAAAGUUACCUAGAUCGAAUUGUUUCUACAAGAAAAACGUCAACCUACAUUUACCUUAAUUAACCUAAUCAAUCCCCUACGAGCCCUACGAGACUAUCCUUGUGGCACCUCCAUAGCCGCACCUACGAUCCCUUUUUAAUAACCCUAAAGUGAACGACCACAGACCACAGACGAUAGACCAACACGACGAAAGCUAGAUGAUGGAUCAUAUGAGAGUUGAUCCUGGGGGCUUCCAGAUACCAGGAAUGCCCCGUCCACAACUCAUGAACCAACCGCCACAGAUCUUCGGAGCUUACGGCCAUGAGGGUUUGUCCGUGUUACCACCGGAGCUCGCGGCCCAGAUGGCCUUCGACCCAUCAGCGCUUCUUGACGAUGCGAACGAGGCAAAGAGGAGGAGAAUCGCAAGGGCUUGCGACAUGUGCCGGAAGAAGAAAAUAAAGUGCGACGGGAAGCUCCCGGCUUGCACGCAUUGUAUCAAUUACAAGACAGAUUGUGUCUUUACACAAGUUGAGAAGAAGAGAAAUCCCCCGAAAGGUGCAAAGUAUAUCGAGGGUUUAGAAAACCGUUUGGGACGGAUGGAAAGCUUGUUAAGGUUAUCAGGCCUACUUGGAGAUGACGAUGAAUCGACCGACCUUGCUACGUUAGAAAAGCGCCUCUCAGAGAAACACCAACAAUCUAGACAAGCUUCACAAGCACUAACCUCGAAUCCCACAUCACCUUCACAAGCAACUUCCGGUCACGAUGGCACGGUGUCAACCCCGCGGAGUUCAAUAACGUCACCAGAACCGAGUAGAGAAAGAGACUUCAGGAAAGACCAUUCUCCUCAACCAGAAAAACCAAGAGACGAGGAAGAAGUAGAAGCACUAUCAGAAAUGAUGUGCUCGUUGGUUACGAACCAAUCAGGGGAAACGAGAUAUAUAGGAUCCUCCUCCGGAUUUUCGAUAUUCUCACCAAAGGGCAUACAGUGGGUGAACGAAAAGACAGGGGACACAUCAUUUCAACAGAUGAUCUCCGAAGUCUCCAUUGAUGAUCAUAAAUGGAAUCACUGGAAACCCGAGAUCUUCAGCGAUCUUUUUCAUCGUCCCGUCUACCGGCCAUUACCACCUAAGCCUGAAGCGCUAUCCCUGCUUAAGGACUACUUCGACAACUUCAACUGCAUGUUCCCGUUAUUCCACCAACCAACUUUCAUGCAUCUCGUCGAGAGGCAGUACUCCAAUGACCCCUACCAAGGUUCCGGGUGGUGGGCGAGUUUGAACGUCGCUUUGGCUAUUGCGCAUCGUCUUCGAGUUAUGAGUAACCUUGUGCCGCAGGAAGAUGAUGAUAAGUCGUGGGCGUACAUGAAGAAUGCCAUGGGCGUCUUCUCUGAAUUAACGAUGCGCAAUACCGAUCUACUAAGCGUACAGGCUUUACUUGGAAUGGCCUCCUUUAUGCAAGGUACCCCCAACCCACAACCCUCAUUCUUACUCGUCGCAGCAGCCAUUCGGUUGUCACACAGCAUCGGGCUGCAUAAGCGUGGAAGUGGGUUUAAUCUCAACCCAGUUGAGAUAGAGCAAAGAAAACGUGUGUUCUGGAUAGCGUAUAUGCUGGACAAGGAUUUAUGUCUUCGAUCCGGACGUCCCCCGGCACAGGACGACGACGAUAUGAACGUCGAACUUCCAGAUGCGGAUCCUAUGGACAAUAUCGGCAACAUCCCUCUCGCCGAUGGGAAGGGAAAAAUGAAUUUGUUCCGAGCAAUGUGCGAAUUAACGGUGAUCGAAAGCCAAGUUUACAAGAAGCUCUACUCUACCAAAGCCACUAAGCUGUCAGAGGGCGAGCUGUUACAAACUAUUGGUGAACUCGACAAGCAACUAGAGACAUGGAAGGACAACAUCCCAAUCGACUUCCGCCCAGAGCACGAAAUAAAGGCAUCUCACACCCCUCUCAUACUACACGUCGUCAUGUUACAUUUCUCAUAUUACAACGCCCUUACCACCAUCCACCGCAUGUCUGUACAUCACGGCUAUUGGACAAGCCGAUUAUCCAACUACGCGAUCCAAGGUCUAAACGCCAGACCAUUAAACCCGCGCGUGUUCGCAUCCGCAGCUCUAUGCGCCUCCGCCGCCCGAGCGAGCAUCCAACUACUAAAGUACAUCCCACAAGGCGAUUUCUCCUGCGUGUGGCUCAUCCUCUACUUCCCCGUAUCAGCACUAGUAACGCUCUUCGGCAACAUCCUGCAGAACCCCCUCGACCCGCGCGCAAAAUCCGACACCAAGCUCAUGAACCUCGUGGUAACCUUCCUCUCAACCCUCGGCCAAGAAGCCGAAACAGGAGGCGUCCACCGGAUGCUCGGCGUAUGUUCCGAAUUCGAGCGGAUCGCCAAAAUCGUAAUCGACAAAGCCGAGCGGGACACCUCGAAGCGGAAGCGCAAGAGCCACGAGCCCGCGCACCGGCCCUCCCUCGCGACCGUCAACUCGCCGUCGGCAAUGUCGCAGACGACACACCAUACCCCGCGCCCGUCGUCGUCGGCCGCGACCCCGACACCGAGCUACACCACGCAGCUGUCGCCGAAAUUCAACGGGGAGCAGAAUCGCGCGAAUAAUAGCAGUAAUGGCGGGUACAGCCCCAUGAACACCGCGUCCUCGACUACCGGCGCCGCGCCGCGGGAUGGUCCCGGCGGCUGGCCUAGUCCUGGGCCAUCGCACACCCACUCCCAGUCACACUCCCAAUCUCAACAGCAGCAGCAGCAGCAGCAGGAAUGGAACCCCAACGCGAUGGACUUCGGCAACUUCUCGGAGUUCACCGGGUUCGGGCAGCCCAUCGCGUCGCCGCCGUUGCCGGGGCAAAACGGGUACCAGCCGCUGCUGCCGCAGGAGCUGUGGCAGAUGUCCGGGGGCUUGGACUGGGAUUGGGCGGAGUUCACGGGCGGCGCGUACCCGAGCUUUGAGAAUGGGAAGACGAUGGAGGGGGGGAGGAGGGAUGGGAUGGCGUGAUUGGAUCCUA